UUUUUGUCUUUAUCACUCCUAGAGAACUUUCAUUUAUAUGCAUUCAAGCAAAGGGGCAAAUUCAAUUUUAUAACAGUAGACUGUGUUAAUUAAAAGCACAUUAUCAAAAAAGACUUGAAACGAUCAUUAUUAUUAUAUGCUGUGCCAAAAAUACCUUUGCAGCAGCACUUACUGCCCAGGAGCACUGAAUGGCAGCAUUUCGUGUGCUGGCUAUCCACAAUAUGCACAUGGAACAUUUUUGCUGAUGUUUUUAUUCAUUUAUAUAAUUGAGAAAAAUCAACUUAGCAAAUGAUGCUGGAGCUGACUUCCCCUUUUUCAGUGCUGCAUUAAUCCUGUUGUUGCUGACGAGAGGUGGUGGUAGAGGUGGGGUGUAAAUGACUGAGGCAGCAGAGCAGCUGAGUGAGACUAACAAGUGGUUGCUAUGCAGCAGGAGCAAGCGUGUGCCUGCUUCUGGAGGGAGAGAUAGAGAAACAGAAUGAUAAUGAGUAGGAGGCAGCAAGGAAGGGAGAAUUGGGAAAGGAGCUGUAUCUUUGAGAGGAUACGCAUAUCACAGUUGGAUUCAACGUUUCCCUUGUUGUGUUGUUGUACUCUUUCCAUCCUUAGAUCUCUGAUCGGCGAGGUUAUAGCCUAACAAAGACAUAUCUUCCAGCCAUGGACGAAUUAAUGGGAAUACAUACGUCUGAGAGCUUCCAGAUGGAGCAGUUGCUCACAAGAAAUGGCAGCAACAGGUCUGUAAGGAUGGGACACUAAUGAUGGUACCAUGCUGACUUGCCUAAUCAAAUCAAAGGAAAUAUGAAGAAACCAGAUGUUAGUUUACCAUGUUUAGUGUCCACUACAACCACUCCCUUGCUGCAAUGAGUGGAAAUGGCAUGAUGGCGCACUCUCUCACUCUGGAGCAGAAGACGGCAUUUGCCUUUGUGGGGAUGCUACUGGUAUUCCUGGGGCUGCUCAUAGUGAGGUGUUUCAGAAUCUUGUUGGACCCCUACAGCAGUAUGCCCUCUUCCAACUGGGCCGAUGGCAUCGAGGGACUGGAGAAAGGGACGUUUGAAUAUGCCCUUUCUUAACCCAGGGAUGCACGUUUGCAAUUUGAAAUAACUGCCUGCUGACACACAUGGACACAAACACUUACAACACUUACAGACAAGGACGUGGAUGCACUUGCAUCAACAUACAUGCACAACCCUUGCACCUGACAAUGACACUACAUUAGGACGCAUUAGGAAGCUGUGUAUGUUGCCAAAUCUAAGUGCAGUUAUUUUAGAGCCAGUGUAGAGUGUCUCUACUGAAUGUGUCUGUUGUGUGACUGACCACAUGGGAGGCAGAUGCUGUGUCAUAUUCUCUGCCCCUCUUACAGGGCUUGUGCAUUCCAGAUCAUUGAUUUAUGCAUUGAUAGCUACAUAUAGUUUGUUUACAGUUAGUUUCUCAGGGACACAAUUUCUCGAGUCAGACUGGUAAAAAGUGUGGUUUCACCUCUGCACAGCUAAUCUGCACCACAACGUAGUAGUGAAUGGUUGUAUACAGGGUAUCAUGUCAAACUAGAGCUUUAUGGACUAAUCUGGUCUAAUUUGUCAUUGAUUCACAUGGAUGCUGCUAUACAGAUUCUCUUUGUGAUGUCUUGAAUUUGUGAAACAAUGCAAAGGAAGGCAACUAAACAAACUCUGAUUCACCAUAUGGUGUUACUGUUUCAAAAUGCAAAAAAGAGAGCAUGUCUCUUGAGCAGUGUGUCUAAGGUUGGCUGAUGCAUUCAAGCCAAAGAACCUUUAAUGGAAAUAAGGAUUAGAAACUAGCAUGGAAAUCUUUUAGUGCUGCUAGUUUUCUGAUGACAAGGAGAAACUUUAUGAAGAGGAAAAGGUCACAAGAAAAUUGGGAGUGUGAUGUCUGUCAGCAACGCACCUGAGCAUCUUUUCCGUCCUAUGAUCAGUCAUCCUCACACAGUCUCACCUGCUUUCUUCCCUAAAUACAGACUUGACUGUAGCAAACAAAGACUGUCCUUGAAAAAAAGAGUAGUUUUGCUAAUCUUUACAGUGAAAAGUUCCUUCUUAGUGUGGUGAAUCUGCCUUACUGUGACCUUCAAUGGGUUUAUGUGCCUUCAUAUAGAAACAUUAGAGGGUGUGUGUGUGUGUGUGUGUGUGUGUGUGUGUGUGUGUGUGUGUGUGUGUGUGUGUGUGUGUGUGUGUGUGUGUGUGUGUGUGUGUGUGUGUGUGUGUGUGUGUGAGUGUAGCAUAUCAUGUUGACCGAGUGUGUGUCUCCUGUAUGGGGUGCAGAAUGUAAAAGGAGCACCUAAAACUAGUUUUCUCACAUUUAACUAAAUGACACAACAUGUUUUCUCACGUUUAGUUAAAUGUGCAAAAGUCUUUACGCGCACUUUUUGAGGUGUUUGAGUUCACGUCUCUGAUCUGAGACCACCGCUGUUUGAGGGUAGGGGUGGAGUCUACUCUAAUGUUCUACUUGCACAUUCCUGAAUAUUAAGUCUUCGGCGAUCAUUUAACAUUUACAUUUAACAUUUACAUUUAACAUUUAACAUUUAACAUUUAACAUUUACAUUUAGACUUUUGCACAAUUAACUAAAUGUAA